AUGUCCCGACCAACCUCUGUGUAUAUUGUCGGCGCCCAAUGUACUGGCAAAACAACCCUGUCCCAUGCAUUACAGGUCGCCCUCUCACGCAAGUAUCCGUCUCUGCAUCUCCGCUCCAUCACAGAAGUGGCACGAAAGGUUCUGCAAGAACACCAGUUCACUCGCGACGACAUUACAGAUAGCCCAGAACGAGCCCUCGAGCUACAGCAAUUAAUCCUCACGGCCCAGUGCAAGGAGGAGAGCAAGGAUCCCUUUGACCCUGUUCUAUGUGACCGGUCUGGAAUUGAUCCCAUCGUCUACGCGGUUAAAUAUGGACCGCCGCAAGCGCAGGAAAUGCUCGAGAGCUCAUACUACUGGAAGUACCUCCGAGACCGAAUGCGAAAGGCGCUGGUGGUUCUUUGUCCGCCGCAGGAGGAAUGGCUGGUCGACGAUGGAACACGACUGAUGGCCAGGGCGACGGCAGAGUGGGAGGAUAUGCAUCGUACUUUCGUGCAGGUUCUCGAGACAAAUGGUAUCGCGUUCCAGACCAUCCCAAGGGAGUUGCAGGACUUGGAAGACCGCGUGGAUGUUGUCAUGCGCCUCUGGGACAGCCUUGCUUGCGGGGCACGCUCUAUUUGUACCUAG